AAUUUGAAAAGCCGGCUCGUCGCCGCGCGCUUCGCACUCGCAGUUGAACCGCCGGCGCGAUACGACCUACUCCUGCAGCUCUCCAAUACCUACACACAUUCAUACACACACAAGGUGAAGUUUUUAAACCGGUGCGCGAAAUAUUUAAUUUAUCGCGUUCGUUGAGCAAGCAAAGCAUAAAUAUCUACCAACUAUACAUACACAACAACGGCGUGUCGCGUUUUGUCGCUUAUCACAGUCACGAGUUGGCUUUCGCAACGAUUCCAACCGCGUAGAACCAACCAUGGAGAGCGAAAUCCUCUGCGGCGACUCGCUGAUCAUUUCCGAUAAGAUGCAACAGGAGAAGGAAGACGGGAAUGUGGCGCAGAAGAUCCAAGCCGAGUGCGAUAAGAAGUUCAACGAUUCGGAUGUCAUCAACGAGGCUGAACCACUUGUACAAUCCAAACCAGCAGAAGCAGAAGCAGAAGAAAAAGAUGACUCGCCGGUUGAGCAUGUGACGAACGGAAAUGGUGUUGAAUCUGCGCUGCAAAACGGUAAUCACCAUGAGGAGCCCGAGGAGGAUAGUUUAAAUGUGAUCAAUGUCGAUAACAAUGAAUCCAAAGUUGAAAUUAUCGAAACCUUGGAGAAAACACAACCGGAAGUUGAAAUUCAUGAAGAAAUCGAAGAACCAAAAGUCGUUAUUGAAGAAAAACACCAACCGGAAGUUGCAGAUGUUGAUGAUAUUAACAUUCACAGAAAUGAAACAGACGAGGUAAAAAUUCAAAAUGGUGAUAAUGAUAAUGAUAAUGAUAACAAAGAAGAAGAGAAACAAGAGGAGGAAAAAGAAGAAAUCAAAAUCGAUGAUGAACCGGUGAAAAGUCAUUACCAACCCGAGAAAAUCGAGAAUUUCGGAAUAAGUGUCAAAGAAAUGGUCAACGAUAUGCCGCGUGUCAUCGAGGACGAAAUGAAAGCGCCCAAGGAGAGCGUACCCAAUGGACCACGCAAGGGCGCCAUUGCCACCAGUAUGGACACCGAAAGCGUCCGGGAUGCUUACAAUGAGAUUCGCGAUAAUAAUACAGACACCACAUGGGCCGUAUUUAAAUACGAAGCCAGUAGAAUUGUCUGCGCAGCAAAAGGUGUUGCCUUCGAUGAAUUCAAGAAGUUAUUCGAUGAUGACGAGCGUGCGUAUGGUUACAUCCGGUUGCAAACCGGCGACGAACUGUCGAAACGCUCCAAGUUCCUCUUUGUCACAUGGAUCGGCCCUGGUGUGAGCGUGUUGAAGCGCGCCAAGAUGUCCAUCGACAAGGCCAUCAUCAAAAACGUCGUUUCCAAUUUCGCAGUUGAACUGCAGCUGGAAACGUUGUCGGAAUUCGAUCUGCCAUUCUUCACCGAGUCGCUGAAUAAAGCCAGCGGUGCCAAUUACGGUACCGGCGUGCGAGAGAUUUAAGUUACCCGAUGGCAAGAUGGCCGCCGAUCGCGCACACGCCACACAAUUGCUUGCUGAAUGCAUGUUUACCUACUUUGCCCGACAACUAGUUGACGCAUCUGGCGUCCGCAAUAAUCAAUUCGUUUUCUUUUGCAUUUGAUGAUACUUCUUACAUUUUUCGAUGGAAAGUCGCGGUAAUAUGAGUUGGAUUACUAGUUGCUAGUUUUAUUGGUCGUGUCUUUUCGUCAAAUGUCAAAUCUUACGCGAAUACCUAUAAUAUAUUGGAUUAUUUUAUUUUAUUUAUACAUUUAUCAAACGUACUGCAUGGCCAGCGCAGUGGUGACUACUGAAAACUUGUAUUUUUAUAAUGUUUUAAAUUAUAAGAAGCAUUCAUUUGCUUGAUAACUUAAUUACUGAAACACUUAAGUCGAUAAGUUGAAGGAUAUACCUUGUAAAAAUGGCGGAUUGUAAACAAAGUCAAUGUUUUAAUAAAUAAAAAUGUAUUAUUAAUAAGUA